GUGAAUCAAACCCGGUCCAAGAAGAGGAAGGGCAGGAUGUAGAGUAUCCCGUCCCGGGCAGCGAUGAGCUCCAUUACUAAAUCCUGUGGGAAUUCUUUGUUAUAAAACAGUACCUGAUCUAAAGUUGAAAGGAGAUGGCUUAUGUAAGAGACAUUUUCUUCAAGAAGUUGAUCAUUAGGAUUCAUGUGGACUAGAGAUUCAUUGGCUACUAUAAUGGAAAAAUCAUGGAUGCUUUGGACUUCCAUUGAAAAAUGGCUGCUUGCUUUGGUGUCAUGGUCCUGGGGUGUCUGCCGUAUUUCUCUCUUACCUUUGAUAGUGACUUUUCAUUUGUAUGGUGGCCUGAUUUUACCUCUGUUAAUAUUUGUAUCUAUCACAGGUAUAUUAUAUAAAUUCCAGGAUGUGUUGCUUUAUUUCCCUGAGCAACCCUCUUCAUCGCGACUCUAUGUUCCCAUGCCUACUGGCAUCCCACAUGAGAAUAUCUUUAUCAAAACCAAAGAUGGUGUGUUGCUCAACCUAAUUCUUCUCAGAUUCACAGGUGAUAAUUCCUCAUAUUCUCCUACUAUUAUUUAUUUUCAUGGGAAUGCAGGCAACAUUGGGCAUCGACUACCAAAUGCUUUACUGAUGCUGGUAAACCUGAAAGUAAACUUAUUAUUGGUUGACUAUAGAGGCUAUGGGAAGAGUGAAGGAGAAGCAAAUGAGGAUGGCAUCUAUUUAGAUUCCGAGGCUGUUCUAGAUUAUGUGAUGACUAGAUCAGAUCUUGACAAGACAAAAAUUUUUCUUUUUGGCCGUUCAUUGGGGGGAGCAGUUGCUAUUCACCUGGCCUCUGAAAAUUCUCAUAGGAUUUCUGCCAUCUUGGUGGAGAAUACAUUCCUUAGUAUCCCACAUAUGGCCAGCACACUGUUUUCUUUCUUUCCUAUGAGGUACCUUCCUUUAUGGUGCUAUAAGAACAAGUUCCUGUCUUAUAGAAAAAUAUCUCAGUGCAGGAUGCCUUCACUGUUCAUUUCUGGACUUGCUGACCAACUGAUUCCUCCAGUUAUGAUGAAGCAACUUUAUGAACUUUCCCCUGCUCGGACUAAAAGAUUGGCAAUAUUUCCAGAUGGAACUCAUAAUGACACUUGGCAGUGCCAAGGCUACUUUACUGCACUCGAACAAUUUAUCAAAGAAGUUAUAAAAAGCCACUCCCCUGAAGAAAUGGCAAAAAUGACAUCUAAUGUAACAAUAAUAUAAUUGUAAUUCCAAUCUGUCUUUCCGAUACAACUGCAUUGUACCUGGAUUUGUGGGAAGUGAUCAUUAAUUACCAUUUUUAAAAUGUGUAUUCUGUCUGUAUCUUAAAAAAGUGAAAUUAAACAUGGAAAUAUCUACUGA